AUGGCAUGGCCGGGCCUUGGGUCGUGGGCCUUCGUCCGGGCCUUGGUGGCCGAGUUCCUGGCCACGGGCCUGUACGUCUUCUUCGGCGUGGGCUCGGCCCUGCGCUGGCCCUCCGCCCUGCCCUCGGUGCUGCAGGUGGCCAUCACCUUCAACCUGGCCACCGCGGUGGCCGUGCAGGUCACCUGGAAGAGCAGCGGGGCCCACGUGAACCCGGCCGUGACCCUGGCCUUCCUGGUGGGCGCCCACAUGUCCCUGGCCCGGGCCCUGGCCUACGUGGUGGCCCAGCUGGCCGGGGCCACGGCUGGCGCCGCCCUGCUCUAUGGGCUCACCCCCGGGGACGUCCGCGGCAGCCUCGGGCUCAACGCCGUCCGGAGCAGCGUGUCGCAGGGCCAGGCCGUGGCUGUGGAGCUGAUCCUGACCCUGCAGCUGGUGCUUUGUGUCCUGGCCUCCACUGACAACCGCCAGGCCCAGUCCUCCCCAGCAGCCAUGAUUGGCAUCUCCGUAGCCCUGGGUCACCUCAUCGGGAUCUAUUUCACCGGCUGCUCCAUGAACCCCGCUCGCUCCUUCGGCCCCGCAGUCAUCGUAGGAAAAUUCGCAGUCCAGUGGAUCUUCUGGGUAGGGCCCCUGACAGGGGCCAUCCUGGCCUCCCUCAUCUACAACUUCAUCCUAUUUCCGGACCGGAAGACCCUGGCUGAGCGCCUGGCCAUCCUCAAAGGCACGUGGGAGGCUGAGGGCCACGUGGAGGCCCAGCCAGAGAUGGAGGCAGGGCCCACGAGCAAGGAGAAUGGCGAUGGAGGCAGCAGCGGCAUGGAAAUCACCAAUCUGGGGCAGGUGGCCUGACCCCUGUCCAUC